GCUACACAAAAAUUCAUGAACAAGCAAUUUCUACAACAGCAAAAGCCCAUCACUGAGCACUUGUAUAUGACAAGUUAAAUAUAAGUAUAUAAAAAAACUUGUAUUCCACGAUGAUUGGCACCGGAGCGCCACGCCGUCCACGAAAGAUCCGCGAACAGUGCGGCUCCUGUCCAGAUCGUUUCUCUCGGGACAAGCGUCAAGUGGUUGCCGAAGAUUCCGAUACCACAGAAGAGGAAUCCUCAACGGAUGAGGAGGAACGCUGGAAGGACGUGGCCCGAGCUGCCGAAAUACCCGCCGAAUACUACAACAUCCAGAAGCUGGUCAAAUACAUCAAGGCGGGCAAUCAGACAGCCACAAUAGUAUCCCUCUGCUGCCUGCAGGACUACGAUCUGCGCACACAAAUCAAUCAGUUCGCUAUCCAAGACAUUGGUGGACUGGAUGUCUUGGUCAACAUACUCGAGUGCAGCGAUACCAAAUGCUGCCUGGGCGCACUUACCGUCCUCUCCGAUAUAACGCUGAACAUUGACAUACGCAAAACGAUUGUGGAUCUCGAUGGGAUACCGUUGAUUGUCGAUAUUCUGAGCUCGUCCAUGAAGGAUUUGAAAACCAUGGCCGCCGAAACCUUAUCGAACGUGAGCAAAGUGCGUCUGGCACGCAAAUAUGUGCGCCGAUGUGGCGGCAUAUCCAAGCUGGUCGAUCUGCUGGACAUCAAAAUGAGCAUACUGCAAACGCCGCGCAGUCAACUUACCCUUGAGGAAAUCGAAUUCCUGGACAUGGCCCGAGCCGGCUCGCGUGCCCUUUGGACGCUGGCCGACUCCAAGCACAAUAUGGAACAGAUGCGGAAGAGUGGCAUUGUGCCCCUAAUGGCCAACCUACUGAAGUCCGUUCAUAUCGAUGUGGUCAUACCGAUAAUGGGCACUGUCCAAAAAUGUUCGUCGGAGCCAAAAUUUCAGCUGGCCAUCACCACCGAGGGCAUGAUUGCGGAUAUUGUCAACCAUUUGAAUUCGGAGUGCAUUGAUCUCAAGGUAGAGGGCAGCACGGCGCUCUAUAAAUGCGCCUUUGAUGCAACCACCCGGGAUUUGGUACGCGAGGCGGGCGGACUGGAGCCGCUGGUUGGCAUCAUCAAGGACAAGACGGUGCGCGAUAAUAAGCCACUGAUCCGGGGUGCAACGGGCGCCAUUUGGAUGUGCGCCAUGUCGGAUUUGAAUGUCGAGCAAAUGGACGACAUGAAUGUCAUUCAUCAUCUGGUAGCCCUGCUCGCCGAUGAGUGCGACGAGGUCUUGACCAAUGUCACGGGCGCUUUGUCCGAAUGCGUACGCUUCCAAAAUAAUCGUGUCCAAGUGCGCAAUGCUGGCGGCCUGCCAGCCAUGGUUGCUCUGCUCAACUCUUCGCAUUCGCCGCUGCUCGAGAACCUGGCCAAGGCGAUUAAGGAGUGCGCCGAGGAUCCGGAGAGCAUGCGCAUUUUGGAGCAAUUGGAUGCAGUGCGUCUGGUCUGGUCACUGCUAAAGAACACCAGUCCUCGGGUGCAGGCCCAUGCCGCCUAUGCGAUUUGUCCUUGCGUGAAGAAUGCCACCGACUCGGCGGAGCUGGUGCGCAGCCUGGUAGGCGCCAUGGAGCUGGUGGUGGGUCUGCUCAAGUCCAAGGAAAUCAUGGUGCUGUCGGCGGUGUGUGCGGCCAUCGCUACGAUUGCCUUGGACCAAACCAAUCUGGCCAUUCUCACAGAUCUGCGUGUCAUUUACAAGCUGGCUGAUCUGGUCAACACCACGGACGACAUGCUGCGCAUGAAUCUGGCAGCGGCCGUCGCAGCGUGCGCCUGUUUUGGCAACAACACCGAGGAGCUGGGACGUCUGCGCACCGUUACACCCAUUGUCACCUACAUGACCAGCGACAAUCCCCUGGUGCAUCGCACCACGGCCAUGGCCCUCGAGAAACUCUCUAUGGAUCCACAGAACUGCAUUACCAUGCACCAGAGCGGAGUGGUGCCCUUCCUGCUGGAGUGCAUUGGCUCCACCAACAAGGAGCUGCAACUCGCCGCCGCUGGCUGCCUCCGCAACAUACGUGAGCUCGCCCUGCGCGCCGAGGAGUAUAUGCUUAAGAUUGACGAUGAUUAGCCCGGCUCUCCGAGAGAAUCUCUUGGCUGCAAUGUCCAAUGUAAUGUCUUUCAUAUUAUUUAUGCGUUCACUGUUCAAAUUGUUGCAAGUGCAAAUAAAUGUAGCCCAAAAGCGUCUACAAAAUU